AUGCAUGGUCAAGCUCCUAAUGCCAUCAUUACUGAUCAGGACAAGGCAAUGCAAAAUGCCAUUCAGAUUACUCUUCCAAACACGAAGCAUAGAUGGUGCCUGUGGCACAUUAUGAAAAAGUUGCCAAAAAAGUUUGGAUACCACGUUGAAAAGAGCUCGAUAUUUUUUUCUAUACAUGGACUGGUAUAUGAUGCGGAGAAUGUACAAGAAUUCGAAAGAGGUUGGAGGUCGAUGCUCGAUAUGUAUGACUUACAUGACAAUGCUUGGCUAUCAGGAUUAUAUGAGAACAGAGGUCGAUGGGUGCCUUGUUUUUUGAAAAUCACAUUUUGGGCAGGCAUGUCCAUGACACAACGAAGAGAAAACAUGAAUGCAUUUAUCGAUGGAUAUGUGCAUUCGAAAACCUCGUUGAAGCAGUUUGUGGAGCAGUAUGAAAGAGCAUUAAGAAAUAAGGUGGAUAAGGAGUUCCAAGCAGAUUUUAAGUCCUAUUCCCAGAUGGUUCCGUCGACUUACGAGGUUCGUGAGGAUGUCGUUCUUCACGAGCACCGCAAGAAAAAAUCUUUUUGCGUAUCAUUUCGGAGAGAUACAUGUGAAUUGAUUUGUAGCUGCCACCUAUUUGAAUUUCGGGGAAUUAUUUGUAGGCAUGCAAUUGCAAUCUUGAUUCGUAACGACAUAACAUCGAUGCCUAAGAGGUACAUAUUAAGGAGGUGGAGACGAGAUGUUAGUAGAGCACACUCGAGGAUCGCAGUACAUUACGAUGGAUUGGUCAGUAGUCCUGGACAGUUGAGGUAUGACGAGAUGUGCCGAAUUUUUCAGAGGUGGCGGACCUGGCAGCAGAUGACGAAGUAUGGACACGCACUAUAA